AUGUCGUCGUCCAUGGUGUCCAAGAACGGGCCGCAGCCGGCUGGGUACGGCGACGGCGGCAAAAGCAGCGUCGAGGGUGAGGCGGCGCCGGUGACGAGCUGCCUGUACCUGCGCCCCGGGGCGGGGGCGCUGGACAGGGACGCCGUGCUGCGCCGCAUCCGCCACCGGAGGCGCCACAACCGCCUCCGCGACACGCUGCGCUCCAUGGUCCAGGCGCCGGCUCCGGCGUCGCCGCCGCAGCCGGCGGAGCCGGACGGCGUGGACGGCGCCGAACGGCACCUCCCGUGGCCGCUCGACGACGCCUUCUCGGCGCCGUAG